UUCUUCAAAACCAAAGAAAUCUCUUUCUCUUCUUUUCCUCCUCCCAACUUCCUUCACCUUUGCCUUCCUACUCUUGGCCUUGACUAAUGGCACUCUCUCCUUCUUCUCUUUACCAUCACCCUCCAUUAAUGAACUCAAACCAAGCUCUUCUCCAUUAAUGAACAUGUCCAUCUUGAUCUCCAAACAAAGAGCAUCCAUGAAUGUGAAUCCCAAGAAGAUGAUUAUCAACUCAAAACUCAAGUUCCUCAAACCAAACAAGCACUCCAAGCUCUUCUCAGCAAGAGUAUCCAAGUUCAUCAACUCCUCAUGCAACCUUCUCUUCUUUAUGACAUGGAUAUCCUCAUCCACUUACUUUGGACCAAGAGAACUUCUUUCAAUGGAGAGUGUCUUCAAGUUCCACCCAAAUGCAUGCCUGCUCAUUGUCUCAAACUCCAUGGACACUCCCAAAGGUGCAAGAAUACUUAAACCCUACAAAGACCAAGGCUUCAAAGUUUUAGCCAUCUCACCAGACUACUACAACAUCUCCACCUUCUUGUUCAGAAAAACUCCGGCUGAAUCCUGGUUCAAAAAGUUUAUCCAAGGCAGCAUUGAUCCAGGUGAAGUCUCUAUAGGCCAAAACAUGUCAAACUUGAUAAGACUUGCAAUUUUGUACAAGUUUGGUGGGAUUUAUUUGGACACUGAUGUAAUACUUAUGAAGAGUUUGCAUGGAUUGAAGAAUGUGAUUGGAGCCCAGACUUUGGACGUGCAUGGGAAUUGGAGUAGGUUAAACAAUGCAGUGAUGAUAUUCGACAAAGGGCAUCCACUUGUUUUGAAGUUCAUUGAGGAGUUUGUGAAUACAUUUGAUGGGAGGAAGUGGGGGCAUAAUGGACCAUAUUUGGUAUCAAGGGUGGUGGAGAGGGUGGCCGGAAAGCCGGGGUUUGAUUUCAGUGUGUUGCCACCGCCGGCGUUUUAUCCGGUGGGGUGGAAGAAGAUGGAAGGGUUGUUUGAGAGGCCUUUGGAUGGAAGGCAUGCAAGAUGGGUGAAAAUGAAGGUUGAGAGAAUAAAGAAGGAGAGUUUUGCAUUGCAUCUUUGGAAUAGGGAGAGUAGGGAGUUCAAGGUUGGAGAAGGGAGUGUUAUUCAGAGGUUAAUUAAGGUUUGUUGUGUUCUUUGUGAUCAUUUUCAUGGUGAGUUUUAAUUGUGA